AUGGAGCGCGGUAAAAUGUCGUCAGCCGGCCGCGGCGGCAAAAGUAAAGCACCACAACACCCUCAGGACAUAUUUGCAUUAGGUGGUAAAUCAACUGUCGUCGUAUCGAGAGAUUCUGAGAAAAGGAAUAUACAUAAACCCUCCACAAGUGGAGUUGGGGAAAGAAAGAGAGAACCUUCAGGCUUUGGUAAUCAACCUCAAAGUAAAAGAGCUAGAAUAGGAUCCCCUGCUGAAGCUGUUAGUGGCACCUCGUUGGAUGUAGAUCCUGUUGACCUUGUGCCUAAUGUUCUGCAAGCUCUUGACACACAUAACUCGGAUAAAUUGCUAGGUCUAUUAACAGGCUCUAUCAGGCUGCUUAAAUCACAGCGCUCAAAACCAGAUCCAAUCCUUUGUAUGAGUAUGCUGUAUUUAACUAAAAUAAGGCCUAAUAUGUUUGCUCAUGAAACAGUAACACAAACUUUAUGCACUUUACUGAAAAGAGAGCAAGGAGCUGCAUUCAAAAGUAAAGGAAAUCCAUUGGUGUUUGUGCUGGCCUGUAAUAUGCUGUAUGCUGGGCACAAAGACAGCAAUAACUGGCCUGACACUUUUAUAAAGGUAUACAUUGAAGAUGCGCUUAAUGAGCGCUGGUGGGUGGAUUGCUCUUGGUGUAAAUGCUUAGUAGAAAACAUUGUUACAGCAUUCGGAACUAAACAACCAGCACCACAUUUGAUACCCACUGACAAUACCCUAGGAACAAUGUCUCCAUCUGGUUCAGGCUCUCCAUUAAUGGGGAGUAAUGAAGAAGACGCUGACAACACUGAACUUGAGUAUUCCGUGUUCCCAAGAUAUUCCAGUAGUUAUGAAACUGUGGAGGCACUGGUGCUGGAAGCCAUCAAAGAGCAGAUCCAAAGGAGAGUGGCCCCCGAUGCUAUUGGCAAGGGUUUUCUUAAAUUGUUGUCAGCAACAUGUGGCUUUCCAGAGAUCCGCAUGAUCGCGGCGUCGCGGCUGGAGGCGUGGCUGCACUCGGGCAAGCUGUGGCGCGCGGCGCAGGAGCUGCUGGCGCACGUGUGCGCCAACGCGCACGCCGCCGGGCCCAGCGCCGCGCGCGACCACGAGGUGCUGGCGCAGCUCGUGCGCAUGCGCCUCAAGACCAAGCCGCUGCAGGCCGCCUACCAGGCCUGUCUACGGGAGAUGGUGUCGUCGAGCCCGGCGCUGCUACGCAGCGUGGUUACGCACACCAUCUACAACGAGCUGUCCAACGUGCGCUCGCCCAACAACAUGGCCGUGCUGGCCGCGCUCAUCCAGGCGCAGCCGCAGCUCGUGCCCGCCGCCAUGGCCGACACGUACCAGGAGAUCGUGUUCCGGCCGGACGACUACCUGCGGCCGCUGCGCGCGCUGACGCGCGAGUGCGUGCGCGCGGCGCGCUCCGACGCGGCGGCGCUGCUGCCGCUGGCGCGCGCGCUGGCGCACCCGCCACCCAUCGACCCGCCGCAGGAGAUCCGCGAGCGCGCGUUCCAGUCGAUCGCGGACCUGUUCUGCGUGUGCUGCCUGGUGACGGCGGCGGCGGCGGCGCACGGCAAGCACGCGGGCGGCGAGCACCGCGCGCUGCUGGCCGCGCUGCAGCAGCAGGCGCUGGGCUGGCUGCUCGACACCGCCGUGGCCGUGUACCGCCCCGCGCGGCACGACUGUCUGCACGUGCUCAACAAGAUAAUGUUCGUGGAGCCGGCGGAGACGUACAGCAAGGUGGACAAUUGGCCGCCGGAGUCGGAGCGCGCGCUCACGCACCGGCUGUGCGCGGAGGCGCCGCUGCCGCAGAACACGCUGCUGCGGCUCAUCUUCAUCGGCCUUUCAGAGGACAUCCCGGUGACGGCGACGGAGGUGUUCGAGCUGAUCGAGCAGCUGGUGCGACGCGCGUGCGCGCUGCCGCCCGACGAGCAGCCGCUGCAGGUCGACAAGCUGGAGAUAGCCGAGUACAUCUUCCAGCUCUGCCAGUUCCACCCGCCCGACAACAUCACGCUGCCGGCCGGAUACACGCCGCCGGCGCUGGCCAUCACGUCGCUGUACUGGCGCGGCUGGAUGCUGCUCACCAUGCUGGCGGCGCACAACCCGCAGGACUUCGCCGAGCGCGCCGCCAACGCCUACCCCACGCUGCGCGCGCUCAUCGAGUGCUGCAUCACGGGCAAGCCGUCGAUCGAGUGGAACGGCGCGGGCGAGGCGGAGCGGCUGGAGGCGGAGCGCGCCGCCGUGCUGCAGCUGGAGACGCACCUGGCCGCCGCCAGCAACGCCAAGCUGCCGGUCACCGAGCACUCCUCCAGGCUGCUGGCGCAGCUGACGAUGCUCGAGCCGGGCGGGCCCGCGCGCCGCCCGCCCGCCGCCGUGCUGGAGGCGCUGCAGGCGCUGAGCUCGCAGCUGCGGCUAUCGCGCCUGUUGUGCCGCCAGCCCGCGCUACUGCUGCAGCUGGUGGAGCGCCACGGCACGCGCCGCGCCAUGCCCUGGCUGCACCAGCUGCUGCGCCACGACCGGCUCGAGCUCAGCGUGUUGCCGGUGCAGUGCCUGUGCGAGUUCCUGUCGGCGGGCGGCGCGGGCGGGGCGGGGGCGGGCGGCGCAGAGGCGGGCAAGGCGGGCGAGCUGUGUGCGCACCUGCGGCGCACGCUGCACAGCGAGGAGGGCGCGCGCGCCGUGCUGCACUACUACCUGCAGCGCCUGGCGCACGCGCACGCGCCCACGCGCGCCUCCGCCAAUCGGGGGUUGAAAUUGGUAUUAUCGCAGUCCGAUGACACAACAGAAAUGGAUUACAAUGCUGACGUGAGCCCAGAGUCGUGGCUGCCGCUGCUGCCGGCGCUCCGGCACUGGGAGGCGCUGCGCGGCGAGGCGGUGCGGCGCGUGCGCGCGGCCUGCCUGGCGGAGAGCGCGCCGCCGCACGUGGCCGCCUACCUCGCCUUCUUGGCGCGCCACGCGCCGCACGCCGCGCCGCGGGACCUCACCGACAUCGUGCUGGACCUGAGCCAGGUGCUGAUGGAGAGGACGACGGUGAUGGGCUACGUGCUGCCGCCCGUGGACUGCACCGAGACGCCGCGCGACGAGCGCCUGCUGGCGCAGCACCGCGCGCUGCACGCUCUCACUACCAUAUUCUAUACGCAUUUGAGACAGGUGCUGUCGAGCGAGGCGGCGGAGGCGGGCGAGGCGGAGGAGGGCGAGGGCUGGAGCGCGGGCGAGCGCGUGGCGCUGGCGUGGGCGGGCGGGCGGCGCGCCGUGCUGCACGUGGUGGUAGCGCACGCACACCUCAAGUUGCUGUGCUUCGGACCUUCCUACUUCGACACAAACCAAGAGAUGUACUCGUGGCUGCUGUCCACGUGGGUGGCGGACGCGCCCGAGGCGACGGUGGCGGGCGCGGGGGCGGCGGCCGCGGGGGAGGAGGGCGAGGGCGUGCUGCUGCCCGACUGGCUGCGCCUGAGCCUGGUGCGCUCGGCGCGCCCCGCGCUGCUUGAGGCCGGCCUGCGGGGCCUGCCCGCGAACAAGCUCGCGCUCUUCAUACAGACGUUCGGCAUGCCCGUGUCCUCUAUGAGCGCGCUGCUGGCGGCGCUGGACGCGUGCCCGGCGGGCGCGGUGGUGCGGCUGGGCGUGGAGCGCGCGUACAUGGCGCAGCUUCUGCGCGUGCAACGCGCGCGCGGCGCCGGCGGCGGACACGCCUUCGCCGCCGCGCUGCGCCUCGCGCGCCCCGUCUACCCGCCCGAUGACACGCUAUUCGCUGAAGAGACGCUCCCCGACGAAGAGGAAGACCCGUGGAGCUGCGCCCGCCAGCUCAACAAGCUGGACGUGGGCGCGGUGGGCGCGCUGCUCGCCACUGCGUUUGCGGACGCCGGCACCUUCCAUGGGGAUCUAGACACUACUUUUACUCAACUUCAAGGGUUUAUAGUAGAGGAAGCGAACCAGCCUGGAUGCGGCGCGUACACGAGCGCGGUGCUGGAGCACCUGCGCGGCGCCGGCGCGGGGGGGCUGCUGCGCCGCCCCGCGCUGGCCGCGCCACUGCUGCGCACGCUACUGCACGCCGCGCCCGACGGCUUGCCUGAGAUAGCCAGUCGGCUGGUGUCGCAGUGCAAGUGCGCGCGCGGGCCGGCGGCGGAGGCGCUGCGCGCGGCGGCGGGCGCGGGCGCGGCGCGCGCGGCCCCCGCGCUGCCACCCGGCGCCGACAAGGACCAGCUCGUCACCGCUCUAGAGUCGGCAACGCCAAGUACGCUGGAGGCAAUCGGUAACAAGAUAAUAGAGACUCAAGACACGCAGGUGGUGGUGGACACCAUCACGCACCUGCUGGAGAAGAACCAGCAGGGCUGCUACGAGAUUCCGGUGAAAUGUGAAGCCGAUGAGAAAACGCUGUCGUGCGCGGCGCACGUGCUGUCGGCGCGCGGGCUGGGCGCCGGCCUGCUGCUGGACUGGCUGUCCGAGCUGCAGCGCGAGACGCUGGGCCGCCAGAUGCGGCUGAUGUUCCAGCGCGGCGGCGGCGCGUGGCGGCCGCUGUUGGUGACGCUGCUGGCGCACCGCGCGUCGUGGCGCACGCUGCACCAGGCGCUCGACCGCCUCACCGCGCAGGGGGGCUGGUCGGCGCGCGCGGUGCUGGACUUCGCGGAGACGCUGGUGGGGUCGCCGCGCGUGGCGCAGGGCCGCGACCGCGCCGCGCCCAAGCACCACGCGCCGCGAGACUCUCUGCGCCUCACGCACAACCAGCUGGGCGUGCUGGUGCGGUAUGUGGGCGAGGAGGCCCGCGAGGCGGAGGAGCGCGAGGGGCUGGAGGGCGCGCGGCGCCGCGUGGAGGCGCGCCUGCCGCUGCUGCUGCGCUGCGCAGCCGCGCCGCACGCGCUGCUGGCCGCCGCGCUCGCCGCCGCCGACGCGCACCCGCUGCUGCUGCUACUGCUCUACAUGAAGGUGCCGAAGGUGCUGCAGCUGCUGCGCGAGUGCGAGGCGCUGCCGGGCGCGGGCGCGCGGCGGCUGGCGCGCGCGGACGCGGCGCGGCGCUCCACCAGCGCCACGGACCGCGUGGCGCACGCGCUGCUCACUGCGCUCGCCGCGCCUCACCACCACUCCAAGGAGCACGCGCAGAGGAUGUCGCGCACGGAGGCGGGCGCGCGCGCCGUGUUCGCGCGCUGCCUGGGCGCGGGUGCGCGCGCGCUGCCGCUGGCAGGCGCGCUGCUGCGCGGCGUGCGCGCGCGCCACCACCACGCGCUGCACCACCUGCUCGCCGCCAUCGAGAUGCUCUCCGACGAUGACCUCUUCGCCGACCACGCCACUGAGGAGAUCCACGGCAUCCUGGAGUGUUUCCUGAACAUAGUGAAGCAGGGCGGCGGCGGCGGCGGCGCGGGCCCGCUGGCGCACCGCGUGGCCGCGCUGCUGCGCCGCUACCGCGCCGCGCGCCCGCACCGCGCCGCCGCGCUGCUGCACGCGCACCGCGACACCAUCGCGUCCCACGCAGCGUUGGCGAGCGCGGCCGGGGGCGAAGCGCCGCCCGCGUCGUCGUCGCCGCCGCCGCACGCACUGCUGGCGCUGCAGCGCCGCAUCGCGCCGCCCGACGAGCUGCACUGGCUAAUACAGGAGAUAGAAGCGUGGGGCGUGCGGCGCGGCGGCGCGUGGGGCGGGCCCGCCAGCGCGGACGCGCUGCUGCGCGCCGCCGCGCCGCUGGCCGCCGCGCCGCACCCGCAGCUGCGCGCCGCCACGCUCUCGCUGCUCGCCAAGCUGCUGCCCGCCGCGCCCGACACGCACCCCGGUCUUCAAGCCAUCCUCGAAUGCCUAGACUCAAGUCAACCAGAAAUCGCACAAUCAGCCAUUGACAAGCUCCCUGAACUUAUAGUAGGAAUACAGGAACACGCUGCGAGAAUUCUAACGCGGGUGUUCGACCUCGGGCUGCGCUCCCGACAGCCCGUGGAGCAGUGCAUUGCCAAGUGCGUCUCGACCAUCAACUUGAAUAGGGGCUGC